AUGGAAAGGGGACGGCCAUCUAAGGCAGAUCUUGUCAACCGUAACGCCGCCGUGGAGCAGCCGGUAGAGGCACCGGCGGAGAGGGACCUACGGCGGAGUCACCGGAGAAGAAAUGUCCAGUACAUCUUGGAUUACGACGACUAUAUCGACGAGGACGAUUAUUACGAGGAUGAAGAGGAAGUGAGGAAGAAAGAGAGGAAGUUGAAGCAACUGCUGAAGCUACAGAGCAAAGAAGGCGGUACUGAGUCGGUUCUGGUUCGGACUCGGCGCUUGGAUCACGCGCCUACUGCUUCGGCGUCUUCAGACGAUGACGAUAAUAAGCCAUUGAAGAAGCGAAAAAUCGCCGGCGAUGAUGAAAAUAACGACGGAUGUGUAGACGAUGAUGAUGAAAAUGAAAUUGAUGAUUAUGAGGUUAGAGGACAAAAGGCUGAGCCAACAGGGGCCGACUCUGUUCCAGGAACACUGCCGGAUCCUUCCUCUGGGCUUCCCUUGCCUGAGAAGAAUGCUUUGGGUUUGAUCCUUAAUAAGAUUCAGAAGAAAGAUAUUUAUGGUGUUUAUGCGGAACCACCUGAUCCCGAAGAGCUUGCUGAUUAUCACGAUGUGAUUGACCAUCCAAUGGACUUUGCCACCGUUAGGAGCAAGCUGGGAAACGGAUCAUAUUCAACCUUGGAACAAUUUGAGAGUGACGUUUUCCUAAUUUGCUCGAAUGCAAUGCAAUACAACUCGCCGGAUACAAUAUAUUAUAAACAGGCACGCUCCAUGCAAGAGUUGGCAAAAAGGAAAUUUCAAAAACUAAAGCUGGACUUUGAACGCUCUGAGAAAGAGCUCAAGUCAGAACAGAAGACAAGAUCCAAUUCCUUGGCAAAGAAGCAAAUAAAGAAGCCUAUAAGCCGGACAGUGCAGGAACCUAUUCAUUCCGACUUUUCCUCCGGCGCCACUCUUGCCACAGCUGGAGAUUUCCUGAAUAAUUCAAAUGCAACCCAAGCUGGUGGAUGUGAGAGGCCUAGCAGUCUUGAUGGCCUUGUAGAGGGCAAUUCUUCCUUAAUUGAGAGCAAUCAGGAGAAGGCAGAAGAUUUAGUACCAGGGAAGGUUCUCCUGCCUAGAUUUGGGAGGAAGCUGUUCAUACAUGAUGAGAAUCGCCGUGCAACUUACAACUUAUCCAAUCAACCCGUAGUCGGAUCAGAAUCAAUAUUUUCAACUUUCGAGGGUGAAAGCAAGCAGCUUGUUCCUGUUGGGCUUCAUGCAGAUCAUUCCUAUGCUAGGAGCCUGGCUCGUUUUGCUGCAACUCUUGGACCUGUUGCUUGGAAAGUUGCUUCCCGUGUGAUUGAACAAGCCCUGCCUGCUGGUUUCAAAUUUGGUCGUGGGUGGGUUGGAGAGUAUGAGCCGCUUCCAACACCAGUUCUAAUGCUUGGAAUCUGCACCUUGAAAGGACCUGUUUUUCUUAACUCUGACUGUCCAGCUGAUGUGAGAAAGAACGACAAAAGCUCUAACACGACAUUUUCUUCCGAGGAGCACCCUGUUAAGGGCCCUAUAUUGGAUGGGAAAUCGCAACUGUUUUGUCCUGCUGGAGCCAAACCUACCGCUUCUGUUGGUGUCAACAAUCAGCAGAGAAAUUCACAACCCAGGAAUUCCAUCGAACCUGAGAAAAAGGUUAUCAAGCAAGUUGAAUUGAAUUAUCUACCAUCCGCCAAUCAAAGCUCAUCUGAUUAUAUUGCAGAGAGGCAGAUUUCAAGUAGUUCGGAUUUGCCAAUUUCCAGGUCGAUGGAGAUGGUUCCUAGGGAUAGGAAUUUUUGGCAUUCUGUAUCUUUUAAGCAGCCAAAUAACAGUGGAGUUAUCACAGGAAGGGUGCCUCAUGGAAAAGUUGUAAGUAAUGGUUUGGAUAGCAGCAGAAAUGUUAGUUCGUCAUCUGGUAGUUUUCCUAACCAAAUGUCCACAGCGAAGUCUAACUUUGGCAGCAGACAGGAGCAGGGUCUUGGUGACCCUGUUCAGAUAGUGAGAACGCUAGCUGAAAAGGCUCAAAAUCAGCAUAAAUCUUCAAGUCAAUCCCCUGUGGAUGCCCAUCCAAUCGUGCCACCAGUUCCAUCCUUGAAAAGAGAUGAUCCCAGCAAUGCUGCAGCUGCUGCUGCCCGUGCAUGGAUGUCGAUUGGGGCUGGAGGGCUUAAACCAACUGCAGAGAAAAAUCAUAAAGCUGUUGAUUCCUUAUAUAACCCAACUCGUGAUCUGCAGCCCCAAGUUUCACAAUUUCAAGCAGAAUUACCUGUUACUGGGAUGCAUCUUAAACCUGAACCCCUACCAGUUAGAAUGGGCAAUGAAGCUCAGUUCCAAAACCAACCUUUGUUUUUCCCUCAACUUGUACCGGCUGACUUGUCUAGGUUCCAGCUGCAGUCUCCUGGGCGGGGUCCUAGUCCACAAACUCAGCCGAGACAGAAACAAGAAUCCAUUCCUCCAGACUUAAAUAUUGGUUUCCAGUCAUCAGGAUCUCCUGUGAAGCAGUCUGCAGGUGUUCUGGUUGAUUCUCAGCAUCCAGACCUGGCCUUGCAGCUCUGAGGCUGGACAACCUCUAGAGAGUGGAGAAGAAGAGAACAGAAGAAUGUUAUAGGUCCCAUGGUUCUUGUCCAAGGAGAUGGUAUUACUUUCUGAUAAGACCGUGUGAUUUGCAUGCUGGAAACUCACUGGUGGAAUAUGUCAUAAUUUGUUGGGCUUGCCUAAAACAACGAUCUGGAAGGAUUUUUCUCACUUUGUUGGAUAUGUUCACCUAAAAGAGAGGAUUUCUGUCUUGUAGAGUAGUUUUAAAGUAGGCAGCAGCAGUAAAAGAUGGAUCCUAGGCGGGACAAAAUAGUUUAAGCAGAGCUAGUCAUUUCUAUCCUCUUUUCUUUUGAGGAUUGCCGACUUGCAACGGCAUAUGCUUAUAUAUUAUUUAAAAGCUGAAGCGAUAUGAGCUGAGCAGAUGUUUCAUUAACGUCAUGACUGCUGUACACAGGUUCUUAAUCCAGUAAUUUACAAAUGAAACGUAGUUUAUUUGUUGUACGUUAUUUACUUGGGUAGUUUGAUGCAGCUUCUAAAAGUGCCUUGUUGAUUUGCCUUUCUUGCGUCUGCUAGUAUUGUUGAGCUUGUGGAACAGUAUAAACUGUAGAAUGGAGUUAUAAGAUAUUGUUUGCAAAUUGCAAUUUCUUAAAUUGUGCAAACAUUUAGAAUUUCUGCAAAAUGUAUUACUGACGCCAAGAUAAUUCCAAGAUAGUUAAAAACGAC